AUGCAGUUCAUAGCGACGUCGCUCCUGGCCCUGGCCGGCGCUGUCACGGCCGAAGUGGUGCUCGGCGACGGAGCUGAUCCCCGAUCCUUCCUGACUGUCAACACGACCAACGGCCUAGUGACGGGUCAUGCCGCGAGCAACUCUCAGAGCGUCAUUGAGUACCUGGGCAUCCCCUAUGCCAAACCUCCCGUCGGAGAACUACGAUUUGCGAUUCCGGUGCGCUUCAGAGACAAUAAGCCGUAUGAAGCUGCCUAUUUUGGCCAUGACUGCCCGCUGACGUCCUCGCCACCCGUCGAUUAUCCUGGCUUCACGCCGCAAGCCCCGCGAAUUCUGUCGUACUUUGCCUCUGGCGCGAGCGCCAACAAGAGCGAAGAUUGCCUAACCCUCAACAUUUGGGCCAAGACAACACCUGCAUCCUUGAAGCGUCGAAAGCCAGUCAUCGUGUUUUUCUAUGGUGGUCGAUUUGCCAUUGGAAAUACAAACAGCCCAUUCUACAAUGCUAAGUACUUUGCGGACGCGCAAGACGCCAUAUUCAUCACAGUAAACUAUCGUGUCAACAUCUUUGGCUUUCCAGGAUUUCCCGGAAAACCGCAGAAUGCCGGAUUGCGCGAUCAACGUGCGGCGGUUGAAUGGCUUCAUGAGAAUAUUUAUGCUUUUGGCGGAGACGCCAACAAGAUGACCAUUUCCGGCCAGUCAUCCGGUGGUGUUUCAGUUGACUACUGGACGUAUGCGUACCAAGACCGGCCCCUUGUCAACGGCGUGAUUGCUACCUCUGGCAAUGCGUUUAGUUUUCCAGUACAACCCAAGGGUGUUCCGUUGGAGAGCUUCAAGCAAGUGGCCAAGCAGCUGGGAUGUUGCAGUACGAGGAAUGUGUACGAGUGUGUGAAGAAGGCCGACUGGCAAAAGGUCGAAGCUGCUGCUGCUGCGGUCAAGCCUGGUAAGAGCAGCAGCCCCCUACGUUCUGUGCCGCCUUUUUAUCCCAUCCCGGACGAAGAGAUUGUAUUUUCAGACUACGUCCAUCGCACCAACGCGGGCCAGUUCGCGAGGAUCCCUCUCUUCUCAGGGAACAACCACAACGAGGCCGGCUACUACAAGAUCCCGGCAUAUAGCAACGGCGUCGUGCCCACGCAAGCACAAGUCGACUCGUUUCACCUUGAAUCUUUUACGUGUCCGAUUGCGCACCAGGCAAACGCGCGCAAGAAGCACGGCGUGCCAGCGUGGGUUUGGCGCUACCUUGGCGACUGGGACAACACAAGGCUGUAUCCGACGAGCGGCGCAUAUCACGGCUCUGACCUGCACAUGGUGUACGGCGCCUCGGGCGAUGUCAGCGGCAUUCAGCCGGCAGUGGACCAACAGAAGCUGACAGAGGUCAUGCAGCGGGCCUGGUAUGCGUUCAGCAACGAUCCCUGGCAUGGGUUAACCGAUGCGAUGGGCUGGCCGCAAUACGACGAGCAAAAUGCGAGCCUCGUUGUGUACGGAAAGGAUAACAGUCCCGAGUUGACCCUUGUCAAGCCAUCCGAGUUUAAUGCACCGUGCUCUACCAUUACCUUGGGUGCACUGAGCUUGCAAACUUCUGCAGGCGGGUACAUAGUGUAA